AUGUCGGUCGUUGAACAACAACAAUUCAACGAGAAGCAGGAGGCACGACUGCCUCCUCACUCUGAUUCCAACGAUGACUCGUCCGACGACCUCGAAAGGGCCUCCAAGGCAGACAAGGCCAAGAAUGGAGGCGCCACCGACGGUAUUGUCGAGGUGAGCAGCGAGGCCGACUCGGAGGAGGCCCUGGCUGCUGCCCGUGCCAAGGAGGCUCAAGAGGGCGGCACGAUCAAGUACCGAACGCUCUCGUGGCAAAAGGCGGCUAUCCUUCUGUUCACAGAAUACGUCUGUCUUGCCAUCCUGUCGUUCCCGUGGGCUUUCAGCUAUCUCGGUAUGGCUGGAGGUCUGCUAGCCACCUUCGGAGUUGGCCUCGGUGCGCUCUACACGUCUCUGAUCUUGUGGAGAUACUGCUUGCGCCACCCCCAACUCCUCAACAUUUGCGACAUCGGAUACCAGAUCUUUGGCAAGAGCAAGAUCGCCUACGAGCUUACUGCCAUCGCGCUAGUCCUCAACAACGUUUUCAUUAUGGGUCUGCACACGCUCACUGGAUCCGAAAUCCUCAACACGCUCUCUGAGCACGGUACCUGCACGCUUGUGUUUUCAUUGGUCAUCAUGAUUCUUUCCAUUAUCCUCACCUUGCCGCGAAAGCUCGAGCAGCUCACCAGCCUCGGUAUCAUCUCGGCCGUUUCCAUGUUCAUCUCGAUCAUGCUCGUAAUGAUUUUCACCGGCAUCCAAGGUCCCAACCCCGACGUCAAAGACUUUAACGAGCCCGUUCGCAUCUCGGCCUUUGCACCCGCGGGAACUGGCUUCGUCAACGGUUUCUCAGCUUUCCUGAACAUCGUGUUCACCUGGAUCGGCCACAUCAUGUACCCCACCUUCAUUGCCGAGAUGAAGGACCCACGCGAGUUCCCCAAGGCGCUGUACGCUGUCACCAUCGCCGAAUUCAUCCUGUUCAGCGUGACGGGCAUCGUCGUGUACCGCUACACUGGACAGUACACUACUGCUCCCGCCGUGGGAACUCUGCGACCGGUUUACAAGAAGAUCGCCUUUGCCUUUGUGCUUCCGACCACGAUCAUCAUUGGCGUUCUGUACGCCUCGGUGGUGGCUAAGUACCUCUUUGGACGCAUCUUUAUGAACACGCGACACUACAACAACCACACCGUCAUCGGAUGGGUUGGAUGGAUCGGCUGCGUAACCAUCACCUGGGUGGCUGGCUGGGCGAUUGGCGAAGCUAUUCCCUUCUUCGGAUCGCUCCUCAGUCUCAUGAGUGCGCUGUUCGAUUGCUACUUUGGCUACAUCUUCUGGGCCUUUGCCUUCUUCGAGCUAUACAAAGGUCAACUCUGGGUCGGACAGCCCUGGACCAGGAAGCUCGAAACCGCCUUCCAAUACGUUUUAAUCGUUGCCGGGCUAUUUAUCUUGGGUCCCGGUCUUGCAGCCUCCGUGAAGUCCAUCAUCGAGAACUACCACACCGGCAGCGUCAAAGCUCCCUUCACUUGCGCAGACAAUUCACUUUGA